GGAAGUGACGUACGCGCUCACGAGACUCAGAAUCAGAUUAAACCAUCGGAUUCAUGUAAAAAAAAUCUAAACAGGCGAGCUGCUUUGGGACGACGGGAGAGGAGCAGGAGUUAAUCGGUGAAGUGGAAAGCACAGAGAGCUUAGAAGAAGGGCUUUGAAUCUGAGUUUUCUUCAGAUGUAGCUGAAAGACAUGCUCACCAGCUUCAGCACAGGUCUCCUGAUCUCGAGCCGAAGUUUCCGUUAUUAAAGCCUCUUAGCCCACCCUCUCUGUUGUCGGGCAGCUGCCCAUGCACAUGCACGGCACCAUGGGUAGCUCCCCAGAGGUGCUGUCCUGGACCUCUUGCCCCAGCCUGCUGGUGGGAAAGCUCAAAGAAGAGCUCAAGCUCACUGUGGUGGGAGACGCUCUGAAGAAAGCCAAUACCAACAAUUCCCCUUCUCCCCAAGCCCCACCACCUGCCCCUCCUCCACAGAUCAUCACAGACCUGGCUCCGCCUACCAGCCUCCCCGUGCCCCUGCAGCCAGGCCGAGACGACGACUUGGGCGUGAGCGGUAGCAGCCCACCCUGCACGGCGCUCAGCGAGGACUCGAGCCGAGAGCAGGGCCACUUCGAGAACAGUGUGCUGCAGCUGCAGGAGCAUGAAGAGGAACACCACGCUGAGCAUGAAGAGCACGGUUCCUGCGGGGAAGAGGGCAACGAGGACGGAGGCUGUAACAUGGAGCACGCUGACCAGCAUCAUCAUGACGAUAUCAAACUUCACUUCCAUCGAGCCAACACGGGCGGAGGCGGCUUCCUGGAAGGCUUGUUCGGCUGCUUAAAGCCUGUGUGGAAUAUCAUAGGGAAGACGUACUCGACAGAUUACAAGCUUCAGCAGCAAGAUGUGUGGGAGGUUCCUUUCGAAGAGAUCUCCGAGCUGCAGUGGUUGGGAAGUGGAGCUCAGGGCGCCGUCUUCCUGGGAAAGUUCCACUCCGAAGAAGUGGCCAUCAAGAAGGUCCGAGAGCAGAAAGAGACAGACAUCAAACACCUCCGCAAACUGAAGCACCCCAACAUCAUCGGUUUCAAGGGUGUUUGCACACAGGCUCCGUGUUACUGCAUUAUCAUGGAGUACUGUGCUCAGGGGCAGCUGUACGAGGUACUCAGGGCAGGGAGGAAGAUAACUCCCCGUCUCCUAGUGGACUGGGCAUCGGGCAUCGCCAGCGGCAUGAACUACCUACACCUCCACAAGAUCAUCCACAGAGACCUCAAAUCACCAAAUGUGUUAGUCACUCAUAACGAUGUUGUGAAGAUCUCUGACUUUGGGACAUCCAAAGAGCUGAGUGAUAAGAGCACUAAGAUGUCAUUUGCUGGUACGGUGGCCUGGAUGGCUCCAGAGGUGAUCCGCAACGAGCCUGUAUCUGAGAAAGUAGACAUCUGGUCAUUUGGUGUGGUGUUAUGGGAGCUCCUGACCGGAGAGAUCCCCUAUAAAGAUGUGGAUUCCUCGGCCAUUAUCUGGGGCGUAGGGAGUAACAGUCUGCACCUUCCUGUGCCCUCGACCUGCCCUGACGGCUUCAAAAUCCUCAUGAAGCAGACAUGGCAGGGUAAACCCAGAAACAGGCCAUCAUUCAGACAGAUCCUGCUGCACCUGGACAUCGCCUCUGCAGACGUGCUGGGAGCCCCCCAGGAGACGUACUUUAAAUCUCAGGCGGAGUGGAGAGAGGAAGUGAAAAAGCAUUUUGAGAAGAUAAAAAGUGAAGGAACAUGCAUCCACCGUUUGGAUGAGGAACUUAUACGGCGCAGAAGAGAUGAACUCAGGCAUGCACUGGACAUUCGAGAGCAUUAUGAGAGGAAGCUAGAGAGGGCUAACAACCUGUACAUGGAGCUGAGUGCAAUCAUGCUGCAGCUAGAAGUGCGAGAGAAAGAGCUCAUGAAAAGGGAGCAAGCUGUGGAGAAAAAAUACCCCGGCACAUACAAACGCCACGUGGUGCGACCCAUCGUCCGACCCAACGCUGUCGAGAAGCUCAUCAGGAAGAAAGGCAGCGUGAACCACAAACCUGGCACACAGACUCCCAAGAGGCCUGAUCUGCUGCGCUCUGAUGGAAUCUCCAGUGUGGAGGCUUUCCCAGUGUCCUCUCCUCUCUCAGGCAGCCCAAGGGUUUCUACUCCUCCUGGGAAAGCACGCUACCGCAGCAAACCACGCCACCGCCGCACCAACAGCAAGGGCAGCCACAAUGAGUUUCCCGGGGUCCUAAAGCCCAAUGUCAACACGGCUGAGGAACAGCAACCACUGCAGCCUCAGCAAUACCAUCAUAAUCAUCACCAUCAUCACCAUCACCAAUACCCUCAUCAGCUACCACCUGAGAGCCCUCUGCUCCCUUUGCAGAGGCGAGACAACGCAGCAGCCACAUGCGCCAGCGAGCUACGCUACUUUGGCCCUGCCGCAGCACUACGCAGCCCUCACACUGAGCACCUUCAGCACUCCAGCCCCGACCUCAUCAACACCACUCUGGAGGCCGAUGCACGGCAACAUGCAGCCACCGGGCCAGCUGCACUCUGCCCCUGCUGCCAGGGUCACCCACUGCCUGGGUGCCCGCGGUGCCAGGACAUGUUGCCUGACUGCUCUCUGGUCAGUACACGUGAGGGUCCAGACAGAGAAGGUAUGGAGGGACAGCAACAGCCAGAGCAAGCUGGCUCUCCACAGAACAGCCUCCCGCGCUCCCUCAGAACACUCAGCAAGGCUGGGGAUGACUCAUCUGAGGAAGAGGAGGGAGAGGUUGACAGUGAAGUGGAGUUUCCACGGAGACAGAGGCCUCACCGCUGCAUGAGCAGCUUUCAGUCGUACUCGACGUUCAGCUCGGAGAAUCUGUCUGUGUCGGAUGGGGAGGAGGGAAACACGAGCGAGCACUCACACAGCGGACCUCUAGAGGCACUGAGCGCCAGUCAGGAGGAGCAGCUGGACGAGCUGCUUUCACACACACCAGAGAUCCCCAUCGACAUCUCCACACAGUCUGACGGGCUCUCUGAUAAAGAGUGUGCUGUGCGCCGGGUCAAGACUCAGAUAUCCCUGGGCAAGCUGUGUGCGGACGAACAUAGUUAUGAGAAUCCGCUGCACUUCGGUGAUUCAGACUGCGACUCUUCAGAAGCCGAGUGCUCCGACGCCACCAUCAGGAACAAGCAGCCGUGUGCUCCCUCUUCCUGGUGAGCUCCUCCUACGGUCCCACCUUCUGGGAGGAAGACCAUCGCAAUAACUGGGGCCUGCUGUAAAAGACCACGCCCCUUUGCUCAUUCAGUCCCCGCCCUCUAUCUCAAGCCCCACCCAUCCGAGUAAGCUCAGGCAACUCUGGACUGACAAUGUAGCUAGUGUAACAUUCAUAAUUUAUUUUUCUGCAUUCAAGGUGAAGAAAACAAAAAAAAAAAUCAGGAGGUCUUUUAAAUUCUAGCCUAGAACAAAAGGACAAAAAUGAAGGAGUGUAUUGGGUUGGAAUGGAACAAAAGGUGCAAACUCUCAACCACAAACAUGGCGAUCAAGGAUUUUUUUGUGUGUGUGUGUGUGUGUGUGUGUGUGUGUGUGUGUGUGUGUGUGUGUGUGUGUGUGUGUGUGUGUGUGUGUGUGUGUGGUGGAGAGUAUAAUAAAGAUCACUCUGAUUAAACAUGGGACCCUUUAAUAGAAACGCAAGCAGCCAGAUCUGCCCUUUUUGGCUAAGACGCUAAGACUCGCUAGCUACCUGGUAAAGCUUGAGUUUAUAAUAAAUGAUGCCCUGGGACAUCAGGGUCACUCCGGUUUGAGCACCAGCAUGAACAGCACCUGUCCGUCCUCUCUCGUUUUUUUCAUCUCUCCAUCUCUUAUUUCUAACACCACAGACGCAUGUGGAGUCUCAGCAUGCCAGUUGGACCAACCAAUCAGACUUUGCUGCUGAGUUUCUCAGACACACAGUGGAGCACCAACUCGCUUUCAAAAUGACGCACAACAGAAUUUGUGUGAGAAAUCCCUGAAAUCAGUGUUGAAGCUGGAGAAAACCAGUCCAAUGUUCCUCUCACCUCAGGCCUGAACUCGGAAGGAUUAUGAGACUGGAAGAUGACGAUAACACAUUCCUCUUCCUGUGCGGAUCUGUGUCUAGACCCAAGUUUCUCAAAAAAGCCCUGUACUUCUAUUCUUUAAUCUCAUCUCAGUUUUUCCAUUCAAGGUCAUUUGUAUAUUUAAUGAUUUAGUUGAUGUGAAGAUGCAGCAGCCCCUUAAAUCCCUCAGGACUUGGCGUAAUUUGUUCUGUUUUUGUUCGUAUAUAAAGUGAGACUGAAUGUCUAGUGUGAGGCACGUGCCUUCGGACACACUCUAAAGGUUCAGCAAUAAUGCAGGUUCCGCUCAGGCUUAGGAGAAUCUCGCUCAGGAGGACUGUCUAGCUGGCUGGACAGAUGCACUGGCAAGUUGUAGUGACGCAAGGUAGUUAUAGGAGAAGCCGCAUUUUAAAAAGCGUCUAUUUUUGAGACAUUUGUGUUGCUCUGAAUCACCUCCUGCGUUUUACUGAUUUGAUGCUCAGGUUAAGUUAACUGCACAGUGCAGCUCUUUUCUUCAGCGUACUAGCAGUGGCACUCCACUAGGGGGAGACAGAUCUGUGUGUUGUGUUGCUGUGAUAGAAAACCAAGCAACGUUCCUUUUAUAUUCGUCUAAAUACUAGGAGUAUGUUUUAUUAGGGUUAGCAGUAGUCAUUUAGAUUCCCUACUAAUAUAACCUGUUCUUACGUUCACAAAAUGAGGGAUGCUGCAUCUUUUAUCACUGAUAAUAUACUGUAUUCAUUACCCGUGUGUGUUUUUGGUGUGUGUGCGUGUGUAUGUUUGUGUAAUAGUUUAGACAGGACGGCCAGUUGAACUUUAAAUGGAUUAAGUCAGGUUAGACUGACGGAUAGCUCAUGAGAGAGAGUGAGGGUGUAUAUUUUAUUUUCCUGAUUUUACAGGGUUUGUUCGUAUGUUGAAGUCUUACACCCGAAUGCAUUUGCAGCAAAUGAACAAAGCAAGAAGUUCAACACCUAACCCUGUUUACUUAAUCCUGUUUGAGACGAAUCUUAUUUCCAGUUUGUAUUCUCUGACCAGCACGAUUCAGAUUGGAUGACAAAACGAUUUCAGUCUGAAUGAGAAGGACUUGUGAGGCUUUGUCUGGUAACCAGUGAGCCAGGACAACUUAUGGACACACACCAACCUCAUUUCUCUUGUUUACGUCUUUAAAAAGCUUCUGUGAUUUAUUCCACAGAAAUCAGACAGGUAUUGAGAGUAAAGUACAAUAAUGUCUUUCCAUCUGCAGCACUAUAAUGUUUUCUGUAUAGUUAUAAUUAUUUGUUGUGUUAAUUUAAUUUAAUUUAAUUUCUCUUCCUUUUCUUUUUGUAGCUGGCCUACACGGUCUUUGGAUUAAUUUAUUUUGGACUACUAGCAAGUUUAGAAUCAUGUUAGUUUUCCUAAUCAUAUCGAUUUUUUUUUUCUCAUAUCAUUAUUAUUUUGUGAAGUAUUUCUGGAAGGAGAGGGUUCAGUCUUUUUCUGAGUGAACAACUUUGUUAAAACUAGAGCUGGAAAGAGUUGAGAUUCUGAAAUCAUGUUUCCGUCUGCUUCAGUAUUUUGGAUCUGGCUAUCGUUUCAUCUAAGAGAGCUCAAGUAAUAAAAUCCCCCACAGUUUCUCUUUCCAGAGAGAUAAUGAAAUCAUUAGCACCUGAUUCUGACUGUAGGUUGAACAGCUUAGAUGAGGACUUGCUUAAGACAUUCGGUCUUCAUUAUUCAGUGGUAUUUGUCAGCUUAAAUACUGAAGCUCGGAGAUGCGAGCAGAGUCCCAGCAUCAGUCCUGUUUAAUUAGCACAUGUAAUUCAAGUAACAUGAUCAAUUACUGGGUAACAGUUUCUUCUCAGUGCUUGACUUGCACAAGUUUGGGCAUUUUGCUCAGUGCUGUUGGUUUAGUAAAUUAGCUCAGUAAUGUGCUAACAAUAUACCUAUUAACAUAAGGGGUUUCUUAUUGCACCUGUAAGCAAAGAUUGGAUAAAAAAUAGACAGAGUUCUCUUUAGUGUGUUAUUUGCCAUACUGUCUGUAUUUCAUAAUCUGGCAGAUAAAGUCUGAAUGCUCUCAGUAUUUAAAUCAGGAAGAAACUGUACUAUGAAGUCAGAUUUUUACCAACUUUACAAACAUCUCGCUGUAUCACGUCUCUGUUUCUCAGUACGCUCAUCUUAUUCCUUCCCACAUUUUUCUCAUUCCGUUUUCAACUAAUGCAUAAACAGUUAUUUUGUUAUAAACUAUUUUUGUGCAGGAUGUGUUAAAACUCUGAGCUAUUUUUCUUCUCCUCCAGUAUGUUUCUUACUCAUGUCCCGCCUUCCCUUUCCCUAUCUUGAAUGGCAUUCUGAUCAACCAACCCUGACGGUUUCCUGUAUUAGCCUGUGUACAGUGCAGUGGGAGCAGGAAGGAAUAAAAUCAAAGCAAACAACUGCAUGGAAUAAAACGCUGAUGUACUGUAUCAAA